GAUACUGUCUAGAUUUAUGUGAUUGUUAGUCAUGUAGCAUAUCAUCCGGUUUCUGUUUGGUGAUUUACGCCCUGGACUAAUCAACAACUGUCGGUGGCACAUUGCCUUGUGAGGUAUGUGAACUCAUUAAAAGGUAAUUAUUCAUUACAUUUCUUAUCUUUUCCCUGUAUGGUAGUUUUUAAUGAGACUAAUAAUAUUACUGAAAUAUGUUUUAUUAUGUUACAUAAUUGUAAUUAUUCAUUGCAUUUGUUCGUGAUUUCGUCAAUGUAUUAAUGAAAGGCAUCCAGCGCCAGAUUUUGUUUUGAGAAAUUUGUACAUUUGGCAUAUGAAUCACUUAGAUGCUUGUAAUUUUGCACCUACCAAAUUUAAACACCGGAUUCCCGUUCUUGAUUUCUCCGCCCUAUCAUAUAUAAAGGUGCUUGCGAGUAUUGUCGUGCAAUUAGUCUUUUGUUUUCUCUUGUCCUCUAAAGCUUGUGAGCUUUUCAUCACCGUACUAUUGUUUGUGUUUUGUUUGUUUGCACUAAUCAUGAACAUUGAGGAGGAUCUCUCUGGGAAAACUCUCAAAAGCACCGGGAGAUCACCGGAAGAUAUAUGUGUCUUGCUCGUGGAUAGUGAUCCAUCAUGUUUGAUGGUUAUCUCUAAUAUGCUGCAGGAAUCCGGAUAUAGGGUGGUGACUGCCGAUAGAGCCUCUGAUGCACUGCAUAUCUUAAGGGACAGAGAGGGAGAGAUUGAUCUUAUCAUGACAGAGGCUCACUUGUCGGAUAUGGACAAAUACGAGCUUCUUGAGACAAUAACAGGGAUCUCUAAACUUCCGAUUGUUGUUAUGGGUACAGAUGGGCAAGUGAAUAGCGCUUUAGGCUGUAUGUUCAAAGGUGCGAAACAUUAUCUGGUGAAGCCAUUUGUCAUGGGUGAUUUGAAACACCUCUGGCAGAUUACAAUCAGCAGCAGACGGGGUGUUCUGAAUCAACUUGAUGCAGGCCGAACAAAGCAAAAUGGAUCAGGUAACGAUUCUCAACCUCCAUUGCAUGCCGAAGAUCAUAUGACAGACAAUAAGAGAAACGAACUGGCAGAGGCAGAAGAACAUAAAGAAGUCAAUGAUGAUAAUUGUCAGAAGAAGCCAAAACUCAUUUGUGCAGAUGAACUGCAAAACAGAUCCGUGCAAUAUGUCUGUGGCCUAGGAACUGAAGAUGAAGUCAACCAAGGCAAGAAGAGAAAAGAAAGAUCAGGGACAGAGAUACCCAGAGAAGGUGAUAAUUAUGUGCUGAGAAACCAGAAGAUACUGAAAUCUUCUUGUGUGGAUGAAAUUCAAAAUAGAUCCCCAGAUGCUAUCCACAUUCUAGGAAUUGAUGAAGAAACCCAGAUUCCGUUGCAUGCAAAUGAACUCAACCUAGACUACAAUAAGAAAAAGAGACAAGUUGAGAUGGAUACAUAUGAAGAAAAUGGUGGUAACCCUGAGUUGGGAAUUCAGAAGCUACCUAAACUGGUUUAUGCAGAUGAGCUGGGAAACAGAUCCCCGCAAAAUGUUGGAGAUCUUGGACCCAAUGGAGCUCAUCUGGAUGAAAACUUUCCGCAUGUGAACAUCACUGGACUUACAGCGGCAAAUAUUUUGCCCCAUGUACAGGAACUAGGUAUGUCAGUGACGACCAUGUACCAGAUAGGGUCCUUUGCCCAUGACGGGGGAAUAGUUCCGGAGUCUAUGGAGAACACCAAUCCGAUGAUGAAGUCUUCCAUUGGGGGCAUUGCUCCUCCUCUGAGUCCGGCAGAGUCCUCGAGCAACGAUCACAUGUGGGCACAAAUGCGUCAGUGUAAGCGUAAAUGUGGUGGCACUGCAAAUACGGUGGAGAAGAAUCCUCGACAGAAUGCGGAAGAAAACACUGCUGCUGCUGCUGCUGCGAAUGUGGUGGGGGGAGGAGAGGCUGUUGUCAAUGGAGGAGAAAUAAACGUGUCUGACAUAUCAGAACUCUUCCUUGGAAACGUGCUGGAGUUGGCAGAUCUGCUGAACAAUGAUGAUGAUUACCUUGCUCCGCUUGAGUAUGAGCAGCAGCAGCUUCUUCAGCUACAACAAGACAUUCUGCAAGAGGAACAGGGUUCUUCCCCUGAUGUUCCUCGCAAGUCUCCGGAAGACUUCUUCAGCGAUUCUCUCUUUGGCUUCUGAGUAUUUGCCCCCUUGUGAGGUUGAGUUGUGAUGUCUUUCCUCUCCUCCCCCCCUUUUGUUCGAUGGACUUUGCUUUUGCCUGGUUCCCAACAAACUCUCUCUUCUCUUCUUCCCUUACAGGGAUUCCCUUUCUUUUUUUCUUUUUUUUUUGGGUGGCAAUAUCGUAAUUUGUUAAGCGUAUCAAGGAGAUUUGUUGGAGCUUGUUCCUCUGUCUUUCUAUAAAUGGCCAUCAAUUAAUCUGUCUUCGGCAGAAAGGGAAGUAAAGAGUUCCUUUGGUCAAAAACAACGUUUGUGGUAAAGACAGUAUCAUGUGGGCCUCAUUUGGCCCAAUGUGAUUCAGCCUGCUUGAUAUAAUCAGCUACGGGCUGAACCAUAACUUUGUUGGGCUUUUCAUCUU